UGUAAUUUACUGUUUCCCGAAACAACAAUCCACGUCGCGUCGCAACUCAGGGCACCGCAGGUCCGUCCUCCGUAGCCGCCGACGAGCAUGGGGACGCGGGAGGUGUACGAGGAGAAGCUCCGCAGCGGCGCGCACCUCCACCGCGACCCCACCAUCAACCCCGGCCUCGGCUCCGCCCGCUGCCCGCGCUGCCUCUCCCUGCUCAACCCCACCACCAACUCCGGAGAGGGCGACUGGGCCAUCACCUCCGUCCUGCACGACGCCACCGCCGUGACUGGUUCGGGCGCCGGGGCGAUGCUCAGUGCGGUUCACGGGUUUAAUACAGGCAUUCCGUUUGUGCAGAAGCAUGUGAAGGGGCCCAAGUGGCUGCAUCUUCUUGUCGGGGUCCCUCCUUUGAUCUUAUUCUCUGGUGCCAGUGCUUUAUUUGGGGCAUAUGCGCUCCCCACGUUUGCUCAGCUCACUGUGACAUCAUAUUAUGCUGCAUCAAGUGCCUCUCACUAUGCAGUUUCACAAAUUACGCGCCAGAUCGAGAAGUCCCAUUUAUCAGGUACUGAAGAGAAAUCUUGAUGAGCUGCUCGGGAUCAGUCUGUUCGAUGCACAUGCCAUGUACAUGGUAUAUAUGGACUCCCUGCUUCGCCAUGUUGAAGUAGUCUGAUAGUUUUGCCGAGUUGGAGACACUCAAACCUGUUCUUAUCAUAAAGUAGAGUUAACUGUUACAUACAGCUUUGCUACUCAUGUCCUGUUUAAGUAAAUCGUUUUGGCUUCCUUUUUUUUUCUCUGGUUGGACAGAAUGCCAUCUAAAAUUGUCAAUUAGGGAUUCAGAAUGCAAGUAAGUAGAGUGCAUGUAUGAUGUGUACAAUCACCAGUGCAAGGACAUCGAACUGUGUCAUUUCGUAUCAUUAUUCAUUAAGAACAGGAAAA